AUGAUGUACUCCAAGACCCUCGUCGCUCUCGUCGCGCUCGUCGCCUCCGUCGCUGCCGUCCCCGGAUGUGUCCCGAAGCCCAAGUACGAGCCUUGCGGUGGCUUGACUCCCGUCUCUCCCAGGGAUACGGGAUGUAACGAGGGCUUCACCUGCGUGUCCGACCCGAGGAAGCCCGGAUGCGGUCUGGCCUGCGACGAGCCCGGUAUUUGCGUGCCCGAUGAUGUUGCCAUCUGCGGCGGCAUUGGCGGCUUCACCUGCGAGACCGGCCUCGUCUGCUUUGACAAGCCCGACGACAACUGCGAUCCCAGCGAGGGCGCUGACUGCCUCGGCAUCUGCCUCCACCCCCUCAGAACGGCCCGGUCCAGAGGAGGAUCUAAGCGACGACUAGAGUCGGCGACAGUGAGCCACAAUUAUGGCCCUCUAUCAUCGACGAAAAUGGAACUCGACACUUGGGAAUGGCAGAUGGCUUCGCUACGGCAUCUGUCUCAGUUAAUACUCCCGCACAAAACAAACCUUUAA